AUGUUCCCUUCCCAGGCCACACCCUUUCCCGUGAUGAGCACACAGGACCGGGUUGUGACCGCGGCCGCCAUCCUCAUCGGCUUGCUGUCGCUGCCGGUGCAGGUUUGCAAGCUCUUGUCCCUCGUGCAGACCAUGAAGGUGGAGGACCGAAGCGACCCAAGCGACCAAAGCGACCGCGACCGAAGCGACCGCGAACGAAGCGACCGAAGCGACCGAAGGGGCGCCAUGAGCAAGGGCCUCAAUGGCCUCAAUGGCCUGAAUAUGGGCUCAAUGGCCUCACUGGCCUCUGCCCCAGCGACUCAACACAUGGAGCCUGCGGCUCUGUGCCAUCUGGCUUGA